UGGCUUCAAUCAUCGGAGGCAUCGCGGUCAUUGAUUCAACCCCUCCCCCCGCGAACGCCCAUCCGGUAGAUCGUCCUGCAUUGCCGACGGCUACGAACAUCGAAUCACGCCUUCAGGUUGUAUAGCCUGUCGACCACCGUGAAAUAAGACACCGAAAUCCGUUCCCGAUAUCCCUCCCUUUUUCUCUCCCCGGCUCGUCGAACGCAUACCCCAAGCUCAACAGCCGAGCGCCGGCCAAACAGUCGACGUCGCCUUUUUCUCCGACAUGAUGGCGUCUACCGACUCCUUUGUCCUCCACGACGACGUCUCUCCUUCCUCCGACAACGAUGAGCUCGACUCGCUUCCCUCAAUAUCCAGCAGUGUGCUAGACUCCGAAGAUGAAUCAGACGCCCAGGAGGAAUGGGAGCGCAGUCUCGAGCAGAUCCAAUUACUGCUGACCAUGGUCAUUGUGCCGUUCGCCGGCAAAUACUUUGGCCGAAAGUUCGCAUACUGGAGCUGGUCACGGUACAUGGAAUGGAUGCACAACGUUGAGGUGCGGUGGACGAACAAGGGCGCCUUCAAGGCUGCCGGAGCGGCAGAGGCUGCGGCAACAUUAUAAGAGAUGUAUCAAGACCUGCAGGUCCGGCCACCAACGCGUGGUCUUUGCAUCAUUGAACCAGAGGCAUCGAUACAAUGCUCGGCGUGUAUAUAUAAUUUUGGCGUUGAGGAAAGCCGUCAUAGAAAACAGGGCGGCACUUAAAGAGGUGAGGCAUCUAGCCUGACCACAUAGAUUUGAAUAUUUACGUUUGUCUUACCUACUUCAGCCUCGAGAAGCAUGUGCGGCUGUGUUUUCUGUGCCUACAACAUUGACACUCCCAUCACAUUUGGAUGAUGCAUCAAAUGGCCAUUGGCAUAUGCUUCAAGGUUUCCGGCCAAGUGCAAACCAGAUCUUGUACGUAGUAGUAUCAAUUCGCAGUGUUGUACUACAUGAAGUUGUUCAUAGCCCUACGGCUAUUUACCGCAGCUUCCAAAGCAGUGUAAUUGUAAGCCCCGCCGUACCCAUAGCAGCUUAUCCAUGUCAUCCCAUAUUCCGUAUCCCAUACUCUGUAUGCCAUAUCCUAUCAUUCAUUACUACCACAUGUCGUGAAAGGUAAAAACAGCCUGCCGCCAACGCCGUUGUACC